UUUGAAAUGUUUAUCGAAUCUGAAAUGAAAACAGAAUAAAAGUUUGGAUCAUACGUUCAGGAGCAUACGCCGGAAAACUAACUUUCAUUCCUUCCUUCCUUUAGAUCAUGUUAUAAAAGUGCAUUUUCCCAACGAUUCAAUACUUGUUAUUUUAUUUUUUAAUUAAAAGGCCUAGAAGUCAUUGAAGAGUUAAUCCUUACAUUCCCUCUUUUAAAAUAUUAAGGAAUAAUAUUAAAGGAAAAAUGUUAGGACCCACUACAUUAUUUAUUAAGCAUUUGCCUUCGGAACUUAAUGCAGCAGAUCGAGAAGAACUAUUAAAACUUGUAGGUGCUGUCAAGGUUCGAGUCAUGCCAGAUGAAGGAAAAAUGAAAUAUAGUGCAUUUGCAACAUUUGCAAAUCAGGAAGAUGCAAAGUAUGCAUUGUCCCUUUUACAUCAAAGAGAAAUCUUAAACAGACGUUUAGUGGUUGAAUUUUCAAGGGAACAACAUGAACAUUUUAUUCCACAUCUUAGUGAUUAUUCUAAAUUUCAGAUUGAGACCCCAAAGGAUAAUGCAAUGAAAUUAACAGAAAAAGAAGUUCUUAGAGCAGAUAUGGAAGAGUUUUCUAGAAAAUUGCAUGGUGUUGCACCAUCUCUUGGAUUAGACUAUUUGCCUUCAUCUUUAUUGAAAUACAAAUAUCCCCCGGCUACUCCAACAAUCAUACAAAACAUAAGUCAUGCUUUAGCAUCUGUACCUAAGUUUUAUACGCAAGUCUUACAUCUGAUGAAUAAGAUGAAUUUACCUGCUCCCUUUGGACCAUUGACCCCUGCACCACCUUUAACUCCAGAUAUUCCUGUACAGGAAAGUGAAGAUGUUGUCGAAGGAGAUUCACAUUACAUGGAAAACACUAAUGCUUCUUCAGAAGAAUCUGAAUAUGAAAGUGAGCCAGAUGCUGAAAAGCCAAAAGUUGUUGAAAAAAUUUUACCUCAGAAGAGAGCAGUCCAAAAAACUAAAUUUAAAAAGAAACCCAAAUUUUCUGAUUUUAUACCAGUAUCAAGCAGUAGUAGUACAAAGCAACAAACAGAACCUUCAGAAGUGUUUGAAUCUCAGCCUUUAAACCAGAAAAAAAUUAGCAUGAAGAAUAUAGAAAAAAUAAAUCCUAUUGCAGUCACAACAAGCUAUGAAACAGCUGGUGGGUUUGGAGCAAUUGAACCUCCUAAAGUAUCAGAUGAUAAUUCAGAUAAUAAACUAGAUACUUCUGAGGAAAAUUGGAGCACUUCUCAAUUUAUAACUUUGGAUGAACUGAGGAAGAAAAAAAUAUCUUCCAGAGAAAUGAAAACAAUGUCUAUUUUUCGGAAUUUCUCACCUGGAGAACCUACUUUUCGGUUAUAUAUUAAAAAUUUAGCUAAGCAAGUAGAAGAAAAGGACUUGCGUUAUAUAUUUGGAAGAUUUAUUGAUCCAAAUUCUGAAAAUGAUAAAAAUAUGUUUGAUAUUCGACUUAUGAAAGAAGGUAGAAUGAAAGGCCAAGCUUUUGUGACUUUAGCCAAUGAAAAACAAGCCAUGGAGGCAAUUAAAGAAACUAAUGGCUUUAUAUUGCAUACAAAACCUUUAGUAGUUCAGUUUGCUAGAUCAGCUAAACCUAAGGAAGCAGAGAAGAAAGAAAAAUAAACUUCUUUAACAAAUUUAUUUUAUUUUUAUUAACAGCAUUUAUAUUGAUUUUAUUUCUAUUUCAGUACAUACUGAUGGAAGAUGACAGGAUAUGUGUUAAACUUCUGUUUUUUGCCAAAGCUAGAGAAUUAAUGGAAAAACAUGAAA